CGGAGCGGGCACGGUGACGCCAUGUGUGCUCUGCCCUCUUGCAGUGCACCUACAUCAGCAUCGAGCAGGUGGAGAGGACGCACGCCGUGGUGCUGAGCCGCCCCGCCUGGCUCUGGGGUGCCGAGAUGGGCGCCAACGAGCACGGCGUGUGCAUCGGCAACGAGGCGGUGUGGGGCAGGGAAGAGAUCUGCGGCGGGGAGGCUCUCCUCGGCAUGGACCUCGUAAGGCUUGGACUUGAGAGAGCAGACACAGCUGAAAAGGCUCUUAGUGUCAUAGUUGAGCUGCUGGAAAAAUAUGGACAGGGUGGAAACUGUAUGGAGAGCAACAUGGCAUUUACAUACCACAACAGCUUUCUGAUAGCCGACAGAAAGGAAGCAUGGGUGCUGGAGACAUCAGGAAAAUACUGGGCAGCAGAAAAAGUAGAAGGAGGUGUACGGAAUAUUUCCAACCAGCUCUCUAUCACAACCAAGAUUGACAGAGAACACCCAGAAUUGAAGGAAUAUGCCAAAAGCAAUGGCUGGUGGGAUGGGAAAAAGGAAUUUGAUUUUGCUGCCACGUAUUCUUAUGUCAAUACUGCCAGAAUGACCACAUCUGGAGGCCGAUAUUGUGAAGGCUAUAAACUUCUGAACAAGCACAAAGGAUCUAUCACUUCUGAAAUAAUGAUGGAAAUUCUUCGUGACAAAGAGAGUGGCAUUAACAUGGAAGGUGGAUUUAUGACAACUGGCAGCAUGGUGUCUGUACUGCCUCAGCAGCCUCAUCUGCCCUGUAUUCAUUUCUUUACUGGAACUCCAGAUCCUGCCAGAUCUGUAUUCAAGCCUUUCAUUUUUGUGCCCAAUAUUACUCAGUUAUUAAAAACUACAUCCCCUACGUUUGGUCAUGAUGAUCCAGUUAAGAAACAGCCACGCUUUCAGAGUAAGCCAGAUCGAAGACAUGAGCUCUAUAAAAAACAUGAAAGUGCUGCUGUGGUUAUGGAAACUAUCAAGGACAAAGGUAAAGAAAUGUUCAAAGAGAUACAGGAGUUGGAGAAACAGAAGAUAAGUCAAAUGGAAUCAAUCCUGCAGAAUGGAUGCUUUGAUCCUAAGCAAAUAGUUAAUCUUUUUUCACAGUGUGUAGAAGAAGAACUCAAAAUAUAUAGCUAAGAAUAUUAUUUGAAUGUGGUAAAAUUUGGAUUAUAAUUGGGUUUUCUAAUGAAGAGGCUAUAUGGAUUAACAUCUUGUUUUCAGUAUACCACAUAGCAUAGAUAAUUUUAAAGAUGCAGAUUCAUAUUCAGGACAAAUGGCUUUUGAUUGUAAGAAUGCUGGAAGGGCUCCUAAGAGCCAGGCAAUGGCUUUGUACAUGACACAAAGCUACCAGCAGAGAUUGAUUUUGCCAACAAACAGAUGCAAUUAGAAUGCAAUAGCUUAACUAAAUUAGGGAACAGCCCCAUCUCUGAAUGAAGAACACUAACUCAGCUCUGGAGAACUCAGUUCCAUCAUACACAGAUGUAGCUUUUACAGUCAAGAGAACUGUAGUAGACUUCAGACUACCUGAAUUAAAAUGGCCACGCUGUAGACUUUCUAAAAUGUAGAAGCUAUGAUGAAUGCUAAAAAAAAAAAAAAAAAAGAUAGUGACACACAAACCAAGUAAGAUUGAUACUCAGUUGUUUGGUAAAACCAUUCUAAGAUACAUUUCAUACAUGAACCUUCUACUCCUUCAGUGUAAAACGAGGCAAAGAGUUCAAGGUAUAGUAAAAACAAAUCACAGUUACAAUAAUAGUAUUUUGCUGUAAGUGAUUGUGAAGUUUUAUUACAUGGAAUUCAACAACACAAGCACCCUGUAAGUUACCUGCAGAUUUCACUUUCCUGUCUAUUUUCCCCACCCUGAUAGUAAAAAAUAAACUUAUUUAUAUACAAGA